CAGGCAAGUGGAUGCUGGGAUGCUUGAAUCCUAAUUUUCGAAAACAAGGAAUGAAAGCUAAGUUGAGUAUUUUUGUAUGUCGCCAAGAAGAGUACGUUGACCAGAAGAAUGAAGACUACUAUGAUGAAGGCAUUCCAUCAGAUUAUAUCGAUGAAGACAAUAUCCCACAGCCAAGAGGUUUCUCCAAGACAAGUAGACAUCUCCAACUAUGCCCAAAUGCUACCUCACAUCCAGAAGAUGGAAGGCUGAAGUGCCUUGAGCAAUCUAACCAUGUUCUCAAAGAAAACCACCCCAAGAAUUCCACUGGUCCUCUCAUCUCUCCCGGAGAACCCUUAUCCCCAUAUGAACCCUUGUUUGACAUCUUGCCCAGGGAUGCUUUCCCCAUAGAAGAACAAUCACCUCUACAGAAGCAGAGUUUUGAAGAACACUCUCCUGCAGAAAAUUCGCCGCUUGCACAGGAAGUAUCACACCGUGAUAACCUCUUGCUAGCAAGUUCAGCCAAUCUCGAUGGAAAAGCUCUUGGUGCAGGAACUCACAGGCCAACCGAUGGUGCUGGAAACUCUACAUCUGUAAGGGACCUUCUUUUCCUUGUUAACAAUGAUAUUCAUGAAGGAAUCAAUGCAAAACCUCUGAGGAAGAGUCCCCAUGAUUAUGAGAGGGAGAAGGUUAUGGAACUGAAGAUAAAUCCAACUGUUGGAUUGCCAAAUCUUUUGAACGGACAAAACCCCUUGUUUCCAAAGAGAGAGGAGGCGAUGGGUUCAGACAAAUGGACUGAUGUUACCGACAGAUCCCUCCAUGUUAAUGAUAUUGAAAAUCACAAUAAUAAAUUCUCUAUAAAUCUCUCUUCUACUGAAAAAGAUAGCUUGCUUCACCCAGAUUUUCAAGAAACAAACCAAGACAAGCAUCUCUCAGGAAAAGAAUCUUUGCCCAGUUUCAAAGCUGCCCCCAGUAAGGCCAGUGUCACAAAUUCCUAUGGAGCCUUGAAUGUAUUUGUGGAGCAAAAUGUUACCCAAAGCGGGUCAAUUUUAAGGAUUCCCCAGGUAAAUUCAUCUGGGGAAGGGGAUAUUUUACACCCAGAAGGAACCCCUCCCUCACAGCUAGCUGGCCUGGGGAAGAAUAUGAGUUUUAACCCAGAAGAGAGUCGGUCAAAACUAAACCGAGAGAGCCCAGGAAUGACAACACCUGAGACAAAGUCAAUGGCCUGUCAACAGCAUUCCCAUGGUUGCAAGAGACACUUGGGAAAGAGGUCCGUGAAUUCACAGGAAGUCCCAUUGGAUGAAAUAGGUGCUCAAGCUGAUAUCAAAGCAAAAACUUCUAGCAAGAUUGAUGAGAGAGUUCAGCCAUUGCUCAACUUCCUUUGGACAAGCAAUAAGACUGAGUCUUCCAUAAGAGGACCUCCCUCAACAGGUAGAACUACAGGAGAAGGUCCGAUAAGAAAUAAUGGUAGAACUACAGCUUCAUAUCAUUCUCUACGGAACAUCAUCCAAUAUAAUCUAAGCUUAUCCCCAGCGAUGAAGAAUGUAAUCAAUACCACUGUGACUCCUCAUCAUUUUAGAACAGAAACAAGAGAUCAUAAUAUGGAAGUGAAGCAAGGGCUGACUUCAAAUGUUUUGGCAGAAGGAAAUGUUUCAGAAGUCAAUGUUCUUUCUCCAAAAAACACAAAACCAGCAUAUGCAUCUAGUCCAUUUAGCCCUCCUAAAGAUGCACCAAUGAUGAGGCAAGCUGGCCCAGAAACAUUUUUGCAGGCUCACUUAAGGAAGUCUAGUGGAGAUCAAGGACAAACAUUAAGAAAUGAAUCGUUGAAGGCUAUCAUUAAAAGAGAGGAGGUGAAAAUCUCACUACAACAAACUCCAUCAGCCAUGUUCUCUCAAGACCUUCUAGCAUCCAACCAGACGAUUCAAGAGCAGCUGCUGAAGGACAUCAACAGCUCAAAAGAAAUGAAUGGGUUUAAUGAUGAACAAAGUGAGAUCCCUCACUCAAGAGAUGAAACAGCAGCAUUCCAAGGGAAGUGGGAAGAAGUGGGAAUCCCACACAGCAAAGAUUUAGGGGCCCAGUUUCACGUGAAGGUCUCCAGAACCUCCUUAGGUGUCAACCAACCAGCAGGAGAAAACUUCUCAAGACCUAUGAAAGAAAAAUCUGAGUAUGAUGAAUAUAGCAAUACAGAGGAGACCAAGGAGGAUUUUGAUAUCUAUGAAGAUGAACAGGAUCCUCGUAUGUUCACUGGGAAAAUCCGUGAAUAUUACAUUGCUGCGGUUGAGGUGACAUGGGAUUAUGGUGGCUCCAUUCCCUCCCCGUAUCUGAGAGACAAGUAA